AUGUCGCAAGAAGAACUGAACGAGUUUUUAAUGUUCUCUCCAGGCCCAUCAACAAGUGGCCACGUGGCAACCGGAGGCGAUGAGCAACCAAAUGAAGAUAAAGGUGAAGAAGUAAAUGAUUUCGGUGUAUCUCUUUCAGGGAAAAAUUCUACUUCUCUUCGUGUGUCUUCAGAUGAAAAAAGUGAUUUACAGGCAGGAACUGAAAGUAAUUCUUCUGUAAGUUCGUCUUCGAAUAUGCAUGAGCAUGAUGAACAAAAUAAAUCAGAAUGGCCUUCUAUAUGGACUAUUGAUAUGUGGGAACGCAAAAAAGAAGCCUUCCCAUGGUUGGGUUGCAAAAACGGUUCAUUAGGCUGUACAUUAUGUAGCACCGUUUCUCAUCUUGGUGCUUUCAAAAAGGAACGUACAUCAAUUUCUAAAGAAUGGUGCACAUUUGCAAUAACAUUCAAUGGGUCUAGUAAGUCUGCCCAACUUACUUCCCUAAGAAAAAAAAUUUUUCUUCACAAGCAAUCAUCAGCCCACUUGACUGCUGAGAGCAUAACCGCUAAGGCGAACGAGGAAACUAUUGAAAACGUUUGUGAUAAAAUGAACGUUUCCAAUCUAGAAUCUACAAUUAAAGUAUUUCGAUCAGCUUACUAUUUGGCAAAAAAUGAUAGGCCCUUUUCUGAUUAUUCUAAACUUUUGCAACUUCAGAAAAUGAAUGGUGUAGACAUUGGUGUAGGAUUACACUCUAGAUUUAGUGCAACUGAAAUCAUUGACCACAUUUCUCAUGAAAUGAAAAAGCGAAUUACUCAACAGGUGAAAAGCAUUUCAGGUAAAAUUUCGAUUUUGAUCGAUGAAUCUACAAGCUUAAGUGAUAAAUCUACCUUGAUUGUUUAUUUAAAAUGUGAAACCAGCAAAGAUUUGCCACCAAAUGUCUUAUUCUUAGACCUAAUUGAAUUGCCUAACCAAACUGCUGAUUCUAUUUUUGAGGCACUUUUAGGUUGUUUGAAAAAAUAUGGGUUUGAUUUUGAGUACCUAAAAGAGAAUUUAGUUGCAUUUGCCUGUGAUGGCGCUAGUGUCAUGUUAGGUAAAAAAUCUGGCAUCGUAGAAAAGCUACUACAACAGUUUCCCAACAUUGUUCCUUGGCAUUGCAUGAACCAUAGGAUAGAGUUAGCUGUGAGUGACUCUAUCAAUGACGUUGGGGCUAUUAACCAUUUUCAAAUGUUUAUGGACAAACUGUACACUCUGUAUAGUAAAUCGCCUAAAAACCAAAGAGAACUAGCCGAGUGUGCUAGUGAGCUUGAUUUGCAACUACAGAAAGUUGGUCGCAUUUUGGGCACGAGAUGGGUUUCCAGUUCAUUUAAAACUGUUAUGGCCGUUUGGUAUGGAUAUCAAGCAUUGUACUCCCAUUUUAAGAAGGCCCAAGAAGACAAGAACAGAACAACAACCGAACGAGCAAUGUACGGUGGGUUGAUUAGGCGCUUGACAUCAACUCAGUUUCUGUCAGAUUUGGCGAUAAUGUAUGACAUAUUAGCUGAAUUAACAAUGGUUUCAGAAUGUCUUCAAAAUAGGGAGGCAACUGUUGUUUAUGCAGACAAACUCAUAAGAAGGUCAAUUGCUUUUUUCGAGUGCCUUAAAGAAAAACCUGGAACUAAGACCCUUGAGGCCAAGAGAGCUGCAAUCACUGGUAAUUUUUGUCAUUUUCCCUUAACAAGUAGCAACAAAAUAACUGCUAUUAAUGACCAGCAGUUGCUAUCAAGUGUUAUUAACAACCUAAAACGGAGACUUUUCACAACAAGAAGCAGUAACGAACCAUCUAAUAAAGCCACAGGGAACAAUUAUGAUUAUGAAAAAGAGUAUGAAUCUCUCCUUUCAGAACUGAAAGUACUUGAAAGUAACAACUGGCCUCCAGAGAAAUAUGUUGGAUACGGUGAACAAGAAAUCGAACAUCUCUGUGCAAGAUUUAGGUUGAAUGCCAACAAAAUUAAGAACAGCUUCAGAGAUUACCUGGAAAACAGCACUACGAUUCCGAAGGACUUAAACCCACUGAUAAACUGCACAAAGCUUAUUCCUUGCAGUUCAGCAGAGUGUGAACGUGGCUUCAGUCACAUGAAUAUUAUUAUAUCGCCAACACGGUCAAAACUGACCAUCGAGCACGUAUCAGCAUUGAUGUUUAUCAAGUUGAAUGGACCAAGUAUCCAGACAUGGAAACCAGAGAAUUACGUCAAGGCAUGGUUAAGACGACACCGUACAGCUGAUGAUACUAGAACUCGACGAGCCAACCUCCAACCUGACAAAGAGGAAGAAGAUGCAUUUGCCAUUUAUUUGUAA